AUGUCUUCACCGCUUACGGUACGGAAUCUGACUCCGACCGCUAUUUCUCUGCUGCGUGUUGAGCGGUUUGAAGAUCCAAACACACUACAAUCAAAAGCCCAUGGAUACUUUUUGAGUCCUAGAAGUACUACGCCUGCAACGCCUACAUCGCCAGAGCUCAGUGGGCAUGCCCAGAGCUUCAACCAUCAAGAUGUGGAAGUCACGUUACAGCCUUUUGAAUCCUAUACGCUCAAGUUCCCCAACCCAACUCGGCCUACCAAUGCAGGUACACUGUCGAGCCCAGUGCUCCGUAUCACGAUUCAGACGCCCAAAGCUGAACGCUAUCGAAUCGACUCAAACCCUUCAUAUACGCAAAAGUCGACACAAGCCUUAACUGCACUCUCUGCAAAUUCCUCGACAAAGUACAAUGCCAUAUUUCACCCUUCCAAGCCAAUUCCUCAUCUGGCAAUUCAAAGCAACCACAUUCCCAGCUAUGCCUCAUGGAUGUCCACACUCCCCGACAACCUCCCUCUCUCUGCAAUCAGCAUACCAGGAACACACAACUCACACACGCACUACCGCGCCCUACCAUCCGUCAGAUGUCAAGUCCACGACAUAAAAACCCAACUGGAAAACGGCAUCCGAUUCCUCGAUAUCCGCGUCCAACCCAUCCACGCAACCGACACCUCAAAAAAGGACCUCUACCUCGUCCACGGCGCCUUCCCCAUAAGCCUAACCGGCCCCAGAUACCUCGGCCCCAUCCUCCAAACCUGCUACGACUUCCUUGCCGCGCACCCCAGCGAAACCCUCCUCGUCAGCCUAAAAAGAGAAGGCGUAGGCAGCGCAACAGACGAGCACCUCGCCGCUGUGUUGGAAAAACACUACAUAACCCCCAAUUUCUCACGCUGGUACACCGAGAAUAAAACACCCUAUCUCGGUUCCGUCCGUGGAAAACUCAUCCUACUCCGCCGCUACACCUCUCGCCUCUCCUCCUCUUCCUCCUCCUCUGCCCACGCAGAAGCAGGACUCGACGCAACAGCCUGGCCCCACAACUCCACCCACGCCAUCUUUCCUUCUUCUUCUUCCUCUUCCUCUUCCACCUCCCCAACACAAACCUCCUUCUGCCUCCAAGACUACUGCGAAGUCCUCAUCCCUUCCUUAAUCCCUACAAAACUAGCUCAUUGCACCGAGCACCUCGCCCGCGCAGCAGCAGUCACGCAUCCGAUUCCCGGGCUCACGACGGAUGCAGCGCAUCCCGUUCCGCCAGCGCCACUGCACCUGAAUUUUCUGAGCGCGAGCAAUUUUUGGAAACGGGCGUGUUGGCCUAGUGCCAUUGCCAAGGUGGUGAAUGAGGCGGUCGAGAGGCGGAUUUGGGUGAGAAAAAGGCAGGAGACGGGAGAUGGAAGUACAGGCGUAGUAAUUAUGGAUUGUGUGGGUGAAAAUGGGGAUUGGGAUUUAGUGAGGUUGGUGAUUGGGAUGAAUAUGGGUAUUUUACUCAAAUAUCCUUCUUUCGCUUGA